AUGCUGAAGCCGGGAGACCUGAGCGGCUCGGCCUUCUUGAAGGUGGACCCGUCCUACCUGCAGCACUGGCAGCAGCUCUUCCCUCAGGCGCAGCUGAAGGCUCCUCUGGCCCCGCCACCGCCUCCACCUGACCGCCUCUCCAUCCCCAUGGACAGCCUGCGCCCAUCCCGCUUGCACAGCCACCUCCUGGCCUCCACACACUGCACCUCCUCUUCUUCUUCUUCUUCUACAUCCUCCUCCUCAGCUUCCUCUUCAGCAGUGGCGACAGCAUCAGCUCUCACCCCGUCCUCCAUCUCCAUCUCCACCUCGGCAGGGAUCUCCCAGCUGCCCGUCCCCCAGCAGAUCGCACUCUUCGGGCAGGCGUUGGCCCCGGUAUGUACCGGGCCUGGAGGACCUGGAGGAGGAGGAGGACCAGGAGGGGGGGGAGGAGGAGACCUGAUGGUGGUAGUCCCUCCGGAGAACCAGCACGGUCACAACCCAGCAGCGGGGCUUCUCCAUCAGGCCAAAGAGCAGAGCUGUGGCGGGGUCGGCGUGGUGUCGUCCAGCGUGAAGAGCAGCGGCAGCGGAGGAGGAGGAGAGGAGGGAGGCAAAGGAGCGACGGGGAGGUUCAAGCUGACGUCGGAGGAGCUGGACUACUACCUGUACGGACAGCAGAGGAUGGAGAUCAUCCCACUGAGCAACCACACAGGAGAGGUCAACAACCGUUGUGACAUGUGUGCAGACAACAGGAACGGUGAGUGUCCGAUGCACGGACCUCUUCACUCUCUGCGUCGACUCGUCGGCACCAGCAGCACGGCGGCUCCCGUCACCUUGCCGGACGUCCCUGAUUGGCUCAGAGACCUGCCCAGAGAGGUGUGUCUGUGCACCAGUACAGUUCCUGGUCUGGGUUAUGGGAUCUGUGCGGCUCAGAGGAUCCCUCAGGGAACCUGGAUCGGUCCAUUUCAGGGAGUCCCUCUGCUUGUGGACAAACUGCAGUCGGGAGCGGUCAGAAACACCAGACACCUGUGGGAGAUCUAUGACGCAGAGGGGACGUUACAGCACUUUAUUGAUGGUAAUGAUCCCAGUAAGUCGAGCUGGAUGAGGUAUAUCCGCUGUGCCAGACACUGUGGGGAGCAGAACAUGAUGGUUGUACAGUACAGCACCUCUGUGAUCAACUGCCGCCACUCCCAGACAUACACCAAACAUGUUAUGACUUCCUGAACUGGGAUGGCUCUGGGCUGAACAAAUAAGAAACCUCCCCAAAGCACAUGCACGGCUACAUAAAUGG